AUGGAGGAGCAAAUCUCAACACCUCGCAAAGAGCAUUUCGCCGAUGAGGCGGUCAACCAGAAUGAUGUAUAUGUGGCUGGCCUGGCUGAGGCGCGAACGACCUCUGGAAAGCCAGUCAGGCGCGACAUCAGCCCACUGAGUAUGGUUGCCUUGGGAUUCAACAUUUGUAACAGUUGGACAGCCAUCGCCACCGCGUUCGCCAUCGCCAUUUCCGCCGCUGGGACGUUCAACCUCAUCUACGGAAUUCUGAUUGUGACCGUGGCUUAUGCGGGCGUCGCAUUGACUCUUGCGGAGUUGGCCAGUGUCUAUCCGACGGCUGGAGGUCAAUAUCAUUUCACUUCGAUCCUUGCUCCAGAACGAUCCAGUCGAGCGCUCUCCUACAUUUGUGGUAUUACCGCCACAUACUCUUGGGUCUUCAUGUCUGCCGCAAUCACGCUAUUCGCCGCGGAGGUCCUCAUAGCUUUCCCGCAAUUUUAUAUCGAAAGCUAUGUGUCCAAAGCCUGGCACACCUUCUUGGUCUAUCAAGCCCUCAACUUUGUCGUACUCCUGUACAACCUGUUGGCAUUGAAACGUGCCACAUGGACACACGAAAUCGGCUUCUUCCUGACGCUGUUGACUUUCAUCACGGUAUCCAUCACCUGCCUCGCCCGAUCCACCAAAGCCUCAUCGUCGUUUGUUUGGGACAAUUUUGAAAACAACACUGGAUGGGAUGGUGGCGUCGCAUUUCUCACUGGCCUCGUCACUCCAGCUUCCAUGUUUCUCGGUCUCGACGGUGCGUUGCAUCUCGCCGAUGAAUGCCUCCAGCCAGAACGGACAGUGCCAAAGGCGUUGAUCACAACAACCGUCAUUGGAUUUGUCACAGGAUUUGUCUUCGCCAUUGCAAUGUGCUAUGGGAUCACGGACUUUGACGUAUUGAUAAACGAUAGUCUGCCUAUAUAUCCCCUUUGGCGACAAGCGAUCAAGAACGACACCGCCGCGACCAUAUUCCUGGUUGCCACAUUAGGGGUGUUGCUCUUCGCCAUCAAUGCCAUACAGCAGACUGCAUCAAGGAUGACUUGGGCAUUGGCAAAUGAUAAAGGCAUCGUUUUCUCGAAAUAUCUGUCCAGAAUCCAUCCGACUUUGGAGGUCCCUGUAUGGGCACUUCUUGCCAAUGCAUUUGUGGUGCUCGUGGUCGGAUGCAUCUACCUGGGCUCCGUCAUCGCGUUUAACGCGAUCAUCGGCACAAGCAUCAUCCUUCAGGUCUUUUCUUUCGCAAUGCCAGCUGCGCUCCUACUCUUCCGACGACGAUCCUCCGCCGUCCUUCCUCCUCAACGAGCCUUCAAGCUUCCAACCUGGCUGGGUUAUACUGUCAACAUCUUGACAGUUGUGACUGCCAUUGUGGAGAUCAUAUUUUAUGACUUUCCCCCAGCGCUUCCUGUCACUGGCUCAAGCAUGAACUAUGCCGUUGCUGUCCUGGGUGGAACAGCCAUAUUGGCCGGGGUAAACUGGUUGAUUUAUGCCGGCAAGCAUUAUGCCGGGCCCAGAAUAGUUUUUGACAGUUAA